AUGGAUACACGCCGAAGCCUUUCCACCACGGCCAAGGCGCUUAUCCAGUUUUUCUGGAAGGGGACCAAGGCACACCCGAAGUACGAGCAGUUGCUUGAAGCAAAGAUCAAAAAGAAUCAAAAAUUAGCCGGCACUGAUAAGGUCGACUUUGCUGGUGACCCUCAUACGUCUGACAAAGAUGAGAAGCAACGUGCUUCCGGUCAGAUAUUUAAAGGGUCAAGUCGCCUAACCUCGGUGCAUGUUUAUGAAAAUGGUGACGUUAUAUAA